AUGUCUACAAGAGUUGCCAGCCAUGCUGGCUCGUGGUAUACUUCGAAUCCCAAGAAGCUCCAAUCUGAACUCGACGCAUGGCUGCAAGGCGUGAGUAUUGACGGGGCUGACCUACCUGUCGCUGGCGCAAGGGUCAUCAUUGCGCCGCAUGCAGGAUAUUCGUAUUCUGGAGAAACCGCUGCAUGGGCUUACAAAACCCUCGAUCUUUCAAAAUGCAAACGCAUCUUCCUUCUCGGUCCAUCCCACGCUUAUUAUCUGUCCGGGUGCGCGUUGUCAAGGCAUGCGAAAUAUGCCACCCCGCUGGGAGAUUUUGUCAUAGACAAGGAGAUAGUGGCAGAAUUGAAGGAGACCGGGAAGUUUGAUACGAUGAGCACGCAAAAUGACGAAACGGAACACAGUCUCGAGAUGCAUCUGCCGUACAUCUACAGAAUGAUAUCGAAAACCUUCGACGAUCCGACAAAGUAUCCAACACUCGUUCCGAUUCUAGUUGGAAAUACCGACCCAUCAAAAGAACAACAAUUUGGCAAGCUGCUCUCGAAAUACCUAGCCGAUCCAACGAAUGUGUUCGUUGUAUCCUCCGACUUCUGCCAUUGGGGUACACGCUUCCAAUAUACAUACUACCUACCACAAAGUGCUAUUCAAGCGAAAUCCAGCAAAGGCCAAUCUCUGCAUCGACGAGAAGCUGCACCUACAGAUCCGCCUAUCUAUGAGAGCAUCAAUGAGUUAGAUAAACAAGCAAUGGAUGCCAUUGAAUCAGGCAAACACAGUGCUUUCCUCCACAACUUGGAACAGACUGGGAAUACCGUCUGUGGACGACACCCAAUCGGAGUUGUCAUGGCUGCUAUCGAGGUUUUGGAGAAGGAAGGCAAAGCUUCUGGCACAAGUGGGAAAUUUAAGUUCGUUAGGUACGCUAGGAGCAGUGAGGUGGAGGAUAUCACUGAUUCCUCGGUGAGCUAUGCCAGUGCGUAUGCUGUGCUAUGA